GGAUAGUGCAUCACAUGGGGGAAGAGAAGGACUAUAGUAUAAAAAUGCGAUUAGUUGCUUUCCCUUUUGUUAACAAAAAAAAAAAAUCAUCUUUCCUCUCCACAUCCUUUCUGACACCUCACCUCUUCUUCCUCCGUCCCGUUCCGUUCUCCACAAAAAAGCGAUUGAAUGGACUCCAUCUCUCCGCUUUCUAAUCAGACGACGACGACGACGAGCUCUAGCUCCGAUCUCUCUCGCCGUAAGCGUAGGAAGAAAUCUCCACCGUCUCCGCCUCCAUCGUUGGAGAAAUGGAGAUCGGAGAAGCAGCAACAGAUCUACUCCACGAAGCUCGUCCACGCUCUUCGCGAGCUUCGAAUCAGCCAACCGUCGCCAAAUCCUAACGGCAGAGCCGUGCGCGAAGUCGCCGACAGAGCGUUAGCCGUCGCGGCUAGAGGCAGAACGCUAUGGAGCCGAGCGAUACUCUCCAAAGCGGUUAAACUCAAGUUCAGGAAACACAAACGGCAGAGAAUCGCGAACCCGGCGUUGACUCAGCCGGUAAUCGCAACCGGGAGUCUCAGGUCGAAGAAACAGACGGUUAUGAGGAUUAAAGCGAAAGGAUUGCCAGCUGUACAGAGGAAAGUUAAGGUUUUGAGCCGGUUAGUUCCCGGUUGCCGUAAACAGACGUUACCGGUGGUGUUGGAAGAGACUACUGAUUAUAUAGCGGCUAUGGAGAUGCAGAUUCGCGCCAUGACUGCUCUUCUCUCCGCCGUCAGCUCUCCGACAGAACAUGAAGAGGAGGGACAAACACAUGUGCUUGUUUCUUGAUAAUCGUGGAAGUACAUUUCAGUUUAAUCAAAGAUAGCUGUACAUGAUGACAAGAUCGAGUUAAUGUUUAGGUGUUUGGUUAAUUAAUGAGAUAUGAAUUGGAGGGCAAAUGCAACAAUGGGAGAUAUGCUUAAAGAUUUUUGUUUUGUUAUGUUUGGAGUUAGGUUGGUGAUUGGAAUUGAAUUCGCUUUGUUAUAUGACACUUAUAUGAUUGUUUCUUUUUCUUCUUUUGUAUAUGGUUAUUUGGUUAGAUUUUGGUGAUGUAAGAAGGUUAAAAAGGAAAUAAAAAAACUAGAGAAUAGAUCA